GAGCCCGCCGCCAUCUCCGGGUACCGCCGCCCCGAGCGCGGCUGGGCCGGGCAGCCGGGCCGGCCCUGGGGCCAUGAGGAGCCGCAGCAACUCGGGGGUGCGCCUGGACGGCUACGCCCGCCUGGUCCAGCGGACCAUCCUCUGCCACCAGAACCCAGUGACGGGGCUGCUUUCAGCCGGGGCGGACCAUAAGGAUGCCUGGGUACGGGACAACAUCUACAGCAUCCUGGCAGUGUGGGGGCUGGGAAUGGCGUAUCGGAAGAAUGCGGACCGGGAUGAGGAUAAAGCCAAGGCCUACGAGCUCGAGCAGAAUGUUGUGAAGCUGAUGCGGGGACUCUUGCAGUGCAUGAUGAGACAGGUAGAUAAGGUAGAGAAGUUCAAACGCACUCAGAGUACCAAAGACUGCCUCCAUGCCAAGUAUAACUCUGCAACUUGUGCCACGGUGGUUGGGGAUGACCAGUGGGGGCAUCUACAAGUGGAUGCAACUUCCCUGUACUUGCUCUUCUUGGCACAGAUGACUGCAUCAGGGCUACGUAUUAUCUUCACCCUUGAUGAAGUUACCUUUAUCCAGAAUCUUGUUUUUUACAUAGAAGCUGCCUACAAAGUUGCUGAUUAUGGAAUUUGGGAGCGCGGUGAUAAGACAAACCAAGGAAUCCCUGAACUGAAUGCAAGCUCCGUAGGGAUGGCCAAAGCUGCUUUGGAAGCAAUUGAUGAACUAGAUCUUUUUGGAGCUCAUGGAGGACACAAAUCAGUGAUUCAUGUUCUUCCUGAUGAAGUGGAACACUGUCAGUCUAUUCUGUACUCCAUGUUGCCAAGGGCAUCCACAUCGAAGGAGAUAGAUGCUGGCCUUCUGUCUAUUAUUUCUUACCCAGCUUUUGCAGUGGAGGAUGUAAACCUUGUUAAUGUAACCAAGAGUGAGAUCAUAUCCAAAUUGCAGGGCCGCUAUGGCUGCUGUCGCUUUCUCCGAGAUGGCUACAAGACACCCAGAGAGGAUCCAAGCAGGCUGCACUAUGAUCCUGCUGAGCUCAAGCUCUUUGAGAAUAUUGAAUGUGAGUGGCCAGUAUUCUGGACAUAUUUCCUAAUUGAUGGAAUAUUUAAUGAGGACAAAAUCCAGGUACAAGAGUAUAGAGAGGCUCUGGAAGGAAUACUUAUUAGAGAGAAGAAUGGAUUAGUACUAAUGCCUGAGCUGUAUGCAGUCCCUCCAGAAAAGGUGGAUGAGGAGUAUGAAAAUCCUCACUCUGUGGAUCGUGUCCCAGUGGGAAAGCUGCCGCAUCUUUGGGGCCAAUCAUUGUAUGUCCUGAGCUGCCUGUUAGCAGAGGGAUUUCUUGCUGCAGGUGAAAUUGAUCCCUUAAACAGGAGAUUUUCCACUGGUUUUAAACCUGAUGUUGUGGUACAAGUAACUGUUUUAGCAGAAUCUAAUCAAAUUAAGAAUCUCUUGCAAGACCGUGGAAUCGAUGUUCAGAGCAUUGCUGAUAUCCAUCCUCUCAGAGUGCAGCCAGCUCGCAUCCUCAGCAACCUCUACACCAUGCUGGGCCGGAACAAGAACAUGAAAUUAAGUGGCCGACCACAUCGACACAUUGGAGUGUUGGGCACCUCCAAGCUCUACGUGAUAAGAAAUCAAAUAUUUGCUUUUACCCCUCAGUUUACUGACCAGCAUCACUUCUAUCUGGCUCUAGACAAUCAGAUGAUAGUGGAGAUGCUCAAGACAGAGCUGGCUUACCUCACUUCAUGCUGGAGGAUGACAGGGAGACCAACCUUGACAUUUCCCAUCACCCACACAAUGCUUGUUGAUGAUGGUACUGACAUUCAUCCAGCAGUUCUUGCCACAAUAAGAAAAUUAGAAGAUGGUUAUUUUGGAGGUGCAAGGGUGAAGAUAGGCAAGCUAUCAGAAUUUCUUACCACCUCCUUUCAUACAUAUCUGAGCUUCCUGGAUCCAGACUGUGACCUAAAACUGUUUGAUGACCGUAAUGACAGCUGUAAUAGUCCUGACAGUGAAUAUGGAGACUACCCAGCAGAUUUCUGUGAAAAAGAUAGCCAGGAUGUGCUGGAUCAGUAUAUAAAUGAUGUCCUGCAGAGCACAGCACUGAAGUCAUACCUGCCUCCAACUUCAAAGACAACGAGUCAGCCACCUGUGUUCAGUGCAAACCAUUCCACAGAAGAGAUACUGUCAAUAAUGGCCAAGACAAAAGGCUUGGAAGUCCCAGCUAUGUCUGUGUCUCUUCCCACUAAAGUUCUGAACACACACCGAAAGUCUCUGAAUCUUGUUGAUAAUCCUCAUUUCUUUGAGACAAAGGACUGUGAAAAUGUUUUGCGCUUACCUAAAGAUGCUCAUGGUGAUUUGGAUUGCAGGAAGCUUGUUGAUCAGCUGAAGGAAUGUCCAACACUCCAUGAUCAAGCAGAUAUCUUGUAUAUCUUGCAUAUACUCAAGGGUGCUGACUGGGACACAGAGCUGGAUGGACAGUAUGGUGUCACUGUUCACUGCCUCCUCAAUGAGCUCUACAGAAAGGCAGGCCUUCAUCAGGAAUGGGGCUUAAUCCGUUACAUUUCUGGCAUCCUCAAAAAGAGAGUUGAAGUCCUGGCUGAGGCAUGCACAGACCUUCUGUCACACCACAAGCAACUUACAGUGGGCCUGCCACCAGAACCCCGUGAAAAAAUCAUUACCACCCCACUGCCACCUGAGGAGCUCACAGAUCUCAUUUAUGAAGCUAGUGGCCAAGACAUCAGUAUUGCAGUCCUGACACAGGAGAUAAUUAUGUACUUGGCAAUGUACGUCCGGUCACAGCCCAGUCUUUUUGUGGAGAUGCUCAGGCUCCGCAUUGGUCUGAUAAUCCAGGUGAUGGCCACUGAGCUGGCACGAAGUCUGAAAUGCUCAGGUGAAGAAGCUUCAGAGAGCUUGAUGAAUCUAAGCCCCUUUGAUAUGAAAAGUCUUUUACAUCAUAUUCUCAGUGGGAAAGAGUUUGGAGUGGAAAGGAGCUUGCGACCUGUAGAUUCUUCAUCAUCCAGCCCUGCAAUAUCUAUUCAUGAGAUGGGACAUUCUGGAGCAACCAAAACAGAAAGAAGUGGUAUUACUAAAUUGAAGAGUGAGAUGAAGCAGAGGGGCAGUACUCCAUCAUCUCCCACCAGUACUUCUCCAACUGGCUCCAGUGGAGACAUGAGCUGGGGUGACAGAAAAGGGCAGUGGCUGCGCAGAAGGAGGCUUGAUGGUGCUAUUAACAGAGUUCCUGUUGGCUUUUAUGAGAAAGUGUGGAAAAUCCUUCAGAAGUGCCAUGGUCUGUCCAUUGAUGGGUAUGUCCUUCCUUCUUCAACCACCAGAGAGAUGACCCCGUGCGAAAUCAAGUUUGCAGUGCACGUGGAGUCGGUGCUGAACCACAUCCCGCAGCCCGAGUACAGGCAGCUCCUGGUGGAAGCUAUUCUCGUCCUGACGUUCCUCUCCGACACCGAGGUGAACAGCAUCGGGGGCAUCAUCCACGUGGACAGAAUCGUGCACAUGGCCAAUGACCUGUUUCUGCAGGAACUGAAAUCAUUUGGAGCUACUGGUAGUAUCUUGGAGAAAGACCCAGCUACAGGAAUUUGCCACUUUUUUUAUGACAGUGCUCCCAGCGGAGCCUAUGGCACCAUGACUUACCUAACAAAAGCCAUAAUUAUUUAUUUACACGAUUUCCUGCCCAGCACAGGCUGUGCAAUGCAGUAAGUGACACCUCACACAGAAGGGAAGGCUCAGAGGCUCUUCCUCGCUAGCUCUCUGUCACAAACCCCUUGGCUGGUUGCUGCCUGUGUGUGUGCCACGCACUCCCUCAGCAUUUGCCACUGUUGGGGAUGCUCUGUGCACACCUACUGGGGACAGGGAGCUGGAAUUUGGCCUGGUUUUAGGAGAGUGUGCAAGAAAUAACAAAUAAUGAGGCAUAUUCUGCCCAAAGUGCAUAAAUGUAAUUCGUAUUAAAUUAGCAAGAAUUAUACAACUCUGCCAAGGGGAAAACAGAUUACUCUGUGGAGAUCAAAAGGCAUAAUAAAACGAGGGAGCUGCAUCUUGGGCAUAGAGUUUCACAAAUAAGGGAAGUGAUGGAAUUCAUUAAUUUUUAUCCUGCUGUGUGUAAAUGUACAUCAUUGUGAAUCACUAAUGCACAGUGUGAAACAUCCAGGGAAAUGUAAAUUAGAGGAUUAAGAAUAACUUGAAAUAAUGUGAUAUUUCUAAUACACUUUUAUCCUGAUUCCCCUCAUUUGCACCUAGUCAGUGCAGGGCUAAUGCCAGUAGGGACAAACAUCCUACAAUAUCCACUGAUUUGGGAGGAUAGCCUCUGUCAGGAAGCCACAUUUGUCUGUAAUCUGAAUAGUUUCCUUCCCUGUGUCCCCAAGACUUUGGAGACAAAAUCUCAGGACUCCAGCUUCUCCAGUGUGACAGACAGUUUUAUGCCUGUAAUCCUUUCCUCUGAAUGGAGCAAGAUAAACCUCUUCCACUUGAGCACCCUUUCCAAGUCUCCUGAUCAUUUCCCUUGCAAACAGCCUCAGAGUUAAGAAUAGCAUAAUUGUGGCUUUUCCAGUGUAGCGUGAGUUUAUGGAAGGCUUUGAUGUUUCUCUUUUGGGUUUUUUUUUUUUCUUUCUUGUUUUUUCUUUCUUUUCUUUUAUUUUUUCUUUUUUUUCCCCUUUACCAUUUUUUCUUUUUCUUCUUUUUAGUUUGAAGUAACACUGGUCUCAUGUAAUUAGGGGUUGGGCUGACUGGAAGUCUUCCUGCAGACAGUUCCCAGGCUAAUGCUGUCAAUUGGAAGCUCUCGAGGUGCUGCAGGGAGUAGGUGCAUCCUGCAUGGAAACGACUCCAGGGCCAUUGAAACUAAAAACAGAGGUAGGCAGCCUCUGGAGAGAAAAACUGCCUUACCCCAGGCACUGUCUGUGGUUUUCCUUGUGCCUGUGCUGCUGGCUUUGCCACCAGCCAUGUGUCAGCAUCUGGCUAACAGCUUAGGAAAGUGGCAGUAGCUUCAGCAUCCCAUGACCACAGUCAGGGUCCCUCAGUAGCACUGCUGCCAUGUGAGGAUCAGAGCAAUUCUGUCUUGCCAGAUAGAGGGGAAAAGAGCAGAUAGGCCUGUAAAAAUAAUUACUUCCUGAGAUAUAUAAGCCUGAUAAGCUGUUUCUGUGAGCCUCUCAUCCACUCUUUAAAAACAAAACUGUGCCAUUUGUAUAAGAUUUGAAUUUUUUUUUUUUUUUUUUUUUGGUGUGUAACAAUAGUGUGUGGUGCUUUUCAGAGUGAAGUUUUUGUUUCCAGUAGAAGUAAUCUCCUAUCUCACUUGCCAGCCCUCUUGGUCUCAGGAGGUCUGAGCUCCAAAGGCUUGACACCCUGCCUGCUGUCCCUCUACAGUCACUGCUGCUGUAGCAGGAUCUGGGAGCUGACUCAGUAUGAGUGUAGGUGUGUGAGGCCUUAAUAUGAGGUGAUUUAAUGUUUUUUCACAGACCAGAGUUUGGUAGUCCAGAGGACCAGGAGCCCUGUGUUAACCACCAUGGGAACCGUGGGCCUGUGCAGGGGCCAGUAUAAAGUGACAGUUCAGGUACAAUUAGCACUUGGGUGUGGAAGUUAUUUUAUUGGCAUGGUGCCUGUUUUGUAAGGGUUUGCCUUUGUUAUUGUUUGGUUUGGGUUUUUUAACUUUUUGUAUGUAUUGUGAGAGCUCACUUGGCUUGUUUCCCAGUAAAAGGAAGUAAAAUCCUUUGUCUAGUUUAAGCAGAUGUGACAGUGCAGAGCAUAAGCACAAGUGCAAGAUAAUGGUUUUUUAUUCUUUAUACAAAAAACAAUAGCAGUUAUUUUUGCUUUUCUUCUUGAAUCCUAGAUUGAGAGAGAUGCCAAGAUGACUUUUUGCUUAGACUUCUAAUUUUUUUUUUUUUACCUACUGUGUGAAUUUGUUUUCAAAAACAAGAAGACUGAUGUUAGUUUUCCAUGCAGCUGCAUUGAAGUUUAAAGCAAUGAAAUGUAUGUCCUAACAUACCUGGACAACUCUUAACACUUCUUUGUUUUUAAAUGGGAGUGUCAUUGGUGUCUUUAAUAUCAAAUUCACAGUAUGAUCUAGGUUAUGGUAUAUUCAGGAUGAUCAGAAUGAAUUACCACAUGGAAUGCAGGCAGUUGGAAAGUAUUUAUGUGGUAAUCUGAAGAGUUUUGGUAUGUGAUGGUGAAGGAUGGUACUCAAACACAAGGCCAGUGAAAGGCAAACACGUUACUUGCAGGGUCAGGCACAGCUGCACCUUGCUGCUGUGUCACAGCUCAGAGUGAAGAACCAUUGCAAUUGGAGUGCAAACCCAAUUAUGCAAAUAAGGUUUUACACAGACCCCUUGCUUUGGUGAGGCUCCCCAGUGUGUGUGAGGCUGCUGCAAAGCAGAGCUGGCACUGGCAGUGGCCAGGGUGUACUCCCAGAUAUAAUACAGGACGACUUUGCAGCUUGUGCAGGGCUGAGCUAAUUGGCAAAGGCUCUCCUUGGCUGUGCAGCCUCCCUGGGGAGCCAGCAGAGGAUGACACUGCCAGAUCCCAGUCCCUGGAAACUCAUUUAUGGAAAGAAGGCAAAGGUGAACAGACCUGUCCUGUGCCACAGAAACAGAAAAGGGCAUUAGUGAAUUAAAAUAGACUGACCCAAGAGCUGCUCAUGCCAGCCUGAUGGGCCCUGCUACCCCAAGCAGUUUGCAGCUGUGGGGUCAGGAGCACCUCUGCAGUGCUGGGGGCAGCCAGGUGUGCCUGGAGACAGGCUGGGGCUGGGGGGAGGAACUGGCAGAAUAAGGAUCUGUGUCCAGCUCAGAGCUCAUACCACAUGCUGGCCCCAACCCUGCUCCCCCAGGCCAUCGUCCCCCUGCUCAUGCUGUUGCCUUCUCCCUGCUGCCGAUAGGGAUGUGGACUUGUCAAACUAGACAGAUCAAAAACACCAUUGAUCUCCCUCAGCUGCUGGUCCCACAGGUAACUGAAAACUGAAUGGGUGGAGUACAAAGUUUGUCUGGCUUCUCUCCUGCUAAUUGUAGUCUCCUUUCUUAGGGAGUGUUGCUUGUUCCUGCAAGGGGCAGGUGAGCCACACAGUCCUUAGCUGCCCUGCAAAGGGGCAGUCACUUUCUGUGGGGUAGUGGAACCCCUGGCCUGUCCCAUGUGGGUAUGGAACACUGCAGGAAUGUGUCACCCUCUGGCAGUAGCCAGGGCCUUCAGUGAAGCGGGAGCUCGAGGCAGUCCAGAUCCAAUCUUGGGCAUGUUUUGGAGUGGUUGGCAAGUAGGAGCAGAGUUGCCCAGAAAACAGGAGAGAGAUGCUACCAGUGGUGGCAUCUGUAGCUGUAGGGUGAGAGCUUGGCACUCAUCUGCAGGCUGAUUCAGGCGCUGCUUAAAGGAUCAGUCACAUCUGGUGAUGUGACUUAGCACAUUAAGUAGAUGCUGCAUAGAAUCAUGACUGAAAAAAAGGGAUUGAGGAUGGUGGUUACAGAAGAAGAGCUUCAGCUCAGUUUGGAUAUAAGUACAAGCAGCAGGGCUUUUUCCCACUCCCAGUUUCAGUCAAGUGGCAUUUAUUCCCAACAUUAGAAGUUUCACAGUUACUCCCCCUGCCACCCCCUUCUGUCAGGGGUCACGGGGCUCUUUGUGCUACCAGCAGCUGACAGGACAGUGCUUUCUUUUUUUGGCUCAAUGAUUCAGCUCCUCUCAUACCUCAGUCCUGCAUCCCCAAAAGGCUCUCACUGCCUGCCCAGUGAAGCUGUGCUGAGACUGUACCUUGGCAUCCCCUCUCAGGAAUUGAUCCCUUGAGGCCAGUCCUCUUCAUGCCAGGAUCAGGAAUGUGGGGGGGACAUCACACUGGAGGCUGCCAGCCAUCCUUCAGAGCUCCUGUGUCUCACUGUACAGCCUGGCUUUGUCCUGUUUACUGGGGCAGGUGGCAAAGGGGGACUGCAGAGCUGCAGUGUCGAUUUCUACCUUGUCACUUCACACCCACCGCAUGGAAGCCAGCAGUGGGAAGCAAGAUCCCACCACACUCAGUGGUGUUUGGCCAUUUUAAGUGGAGCCUUUUUGUCACCCCACUGCAAUAAGGUGGGAUUGAUCAUCACAGUGCAUAGAUCAGAAUAACUGCAUGCUAAAAAUAUACAUUAUGUAUUACCAAUGCCAUUAAAGUUUCACUGUAAAUUU